UCCGCCAUUUCAGUUUUUGAACUUAGUUGUCAUCGGACGUUAUCUUAUUCAUGAAAUUCCGAGCCUGAAACUUGCGCUAUUUCUUACACUUGGACUAGAAAGUAAUCGUUAAGACGUCAAGAAUCCGUUAGUUUUGGCGGCCGAGCAUUUGUGGCAGUCAAUUGAUGCGCAAUCGGCCAGCUGCGGAUGUCGUGUGUUUACUAAACGUGCUCGAGGCGCUAAAGUUUUGUAUGAGUUGAAGGCUUGGCGUGUGGAUAGCGGGAGGGAGAGCAGGGAAGGCCCGACGACGCCUCGGCUUCAGAGUGCUGAUCAUGGCCGGCAAUUUUGACGCGGAGGACCGCGCCACUUGGUACUGGGGUCGCUUGAGCAGGCAGGAGGCUGUGUCGCUGUUGCAGGGGCAGAGGCACGGCGUGUUUCUGGUGCGGGACUCCAUCACCAGCCCUGGCGACUACGUACUCUCGGUGUCGGAGAACUCCAAGGUCUCGCAUUAUAUCAUCAACAGCAUCAGCAAUAACCGGCAAUCCGGUCCAGCAAGUUUGUCGCAUCCAAGGUUUCGUAUUGGUGACCAGGAGUUUGACGCACUCCCUGCUUUGCUAGAGUUCUACAAAAUUCACUACUUGGACACCACCACCCUAAUAGAACCCAUCAACAAGUCCAAACACACAUCCUUUAUCAGCGUCGGUGCAGGUGGUGCCCCUCCACCCCGCCUGGAGGAUGAGUACGUUAGAGCGCUUUUCGAUUUCCCCGGCAACGACGACGAGGACCUGCCAUUUCGGAAAGGGGAUAUCCUCCGCGUUCUUGAGAAGCCAGAAGAGCAGUGGUGGAACGCUCAGAACUCUGAUGGGCGAGCAGGGAUGAUCCCGGUGCCGUACGUGGAGAAGUACCGUCCGACGUCUCCGAGUUCGGCAGUUGCUUCCGGUGUACCUGUUUCAGGCCCCCCAGGAGGCAUUGGAAUGUUAGGGAACUCUGACGGAUCCGCGUCCCAGCCGGGUGCACCACUAAUGGGAGAUCCCAGCCAGUAUGCCCAACCUACACCCCUCCCAAACCUCCAGAAUGGACCUGUCUUUGCCAGGGCCAUACAGAAGAGGGUGCCCAAUGCAUAUGACAAGACUGCGUUGGCUUUGGAGGUGGGCGACAUGGUGAAAGUGACUAAAAUAAACGUGAACGGCCAGUGGGAAGGCGAAUGUAAAGGAAAACGUGGCCACUUUCCCUUCACACACGUCAAACUCCUGGACCAGCACAAUGCCGAGGAUGAACUUAGCUGAGAGUGGACUGGCGGGUGCGAACCGGACACUAGUGUUAGACCCUGCCUCACACCCCUAACGCCUGCUCUACCUGCAUCAAGUAAAGUUUCUCACGAUCACACAGAAAAACAACCAACAGAUUCCACUACAUCUUUCUGACAGGCGCUCUGUACCAACGCUCUGACUGACUAAAUGCAAAAUGAAAGCCAUUCAUUUUGUAACAGUUUAACCUCCCCAUAGUGACACGAGACAUCGCUUCUCACUCCUCAGGACACUAGUCACAACACAACUUGGCCAUUUCCUCAUCCUGUGUUUGAGCAUGUAGAUAAAACUCGGCACUGCAUCAUUUUUCACCCUCCUCUCAUCCUCAAGGGCUUUAUUUAAGAUUGGUGGAAAAAACAAAUCCAAAUGUAAAGACAAAGACACUAAUAUUAUUUUUUCUUUAUUUCCCUUCUAAUCAUCAUAAAUUAUCUCCACAACGAUUGUGCUGGAGUGAGGUAUUUGCUAAGGAAACCCCAUUUAAUUCUGUUAGGACUCUCACUUUUGUUUACAUUAUGAAAAAUGUUCUUAACUCUUAAGUUAAUGACAAAAUAUUAAUUCGAGCUUUUCUAUGUACAAAAUCAAGGUUUAAGCGAUCAAUUAGUGUAUUUGAAAGUGAACAAUUAUGAGCCAUUUCACUGAAACCACACAAAAAAAAUUGAAAAUAUUUUGUUUUCUGUUUUUACAUUUUCUAAAACUAAAAAUACACACAAAUAACAAUUAGAAUCGGUGAAGUAAUCACAUUAUCCCCUUCAAAUUGGAUAGAAUUUAAGAUGAUGAAAUCUGAGAAAAUAGCAACAGAAAAUAUACAAUCUAGAGAGCCAUGUUUGGUUUUUAAAAGUCCUUAGUUACCAACCUUUAUUAAAAUACACAGAUACCUGACCCAUCAUUUUCUUAAUCUAUGGAAAUUUGGGGCCAUUACCCUGCUGACUGAGGUACAGUAUUACAUUUAGCAACUAAUGUGAAAACUGCCCAAAUGUAUAGCUUUGUUUGUUUUAAAUGUUAUUCUGUUGUUGCAUUCUCAAUGUUACGGAGUUUGAGUGGUUAUUCAUAAAUCAGAUAGAAAAUAUGAAGACGGAUU